AUGCACAGGUCUUUGAUCCAUCAUGGACUGAAGCAAAGCCUUUGCACGACUACCGCCGUCCGCGGUCGACCUCUGCAUACCACUGCGACUCGACUCUUCCAACCUGCCGGCCAACUCAAUGGGGGAACAGCCGAGUCGAACCAGGCAAGGAGGCCUGCUAAACCCCGAGAGUCCUCCUCCGCGACCUUGACAUUGCUUCCAGAUGCAAAUUUUCAGGGGUUCCCCCAUCUUGAUCAUGCCCAGGGGCGGCAUACGGAGAAGGAGGAAGAUCAUGGCGUCUUCCGCCGUCAGGAUCCGUCAGAGAGUCCGUCAUCAACGGCUGGUUCAGGUGCUGAUAUAGAAGAGGCUGGAGGGCAGACAAGUGAACACCAUAACUCGGGGAAUUAUCCAGGUCGUGGGCACAGCAACACGAGGCCAGCGGAAGAUUCAGGCGAGGAGGGACAGGGUGAUCGAAACAUGCAUGUGCAUAGCACAUCCGGACCUCUCGACGCGUCCUCGAAUUUAUCGGGCAACCAUUGUUCAGGAUCCCAACAUGGACACGAGAAGCCAACAUAUCCCCAAAGGCCAUACAUGAGGAGACUGCGCAAGCCAAAGCGCUUUCGACAACUCUUGUCAGAGGCGAGGACGUCCGGCGCGGACAGCACCACAAGCAUUGACUUGAGCAGCGGCAGACCCAAGAAGACGUUGAAUAGAAACGCAUUGAGUACGGCGGUUCUUGAAGCAGAACUGCGGUGGAUCGCGAAAAAUACACCGCACCCACGAGCCGUGCGCAACAUCUUACAAAUCUUGAUACAAGAGCGGAGAAUCAAGCCCACACCUGAACACUACGAGGCACUGAUCCUAGGGCAGUGUUUCCCCGAGUACGGCUCCAUCGAGAACGUCAAGUUGAUUCUGCAAGAAAUGGAACGCGGAUCUGUCCCCCUGGAAGUGCCCAUUCUUCUCGCAGUAUUGACGGUCCUCGCUGUACACCCCGAUACACAUCUCCGAGCAUCGAUUGUCUCGCGCCUUGCAAACCAGCAAAUUCCCAACUCUGAUGCCCACGCCUACCUGAAUAUCCUCUCUUUAAUACGUGAGGGACAGUUAGAACUCGCGACCGUCGAACUCGAAAAGCUUACUCAGAGACCUGCGAUCAUUGGAGGAGGCAGGGACAGUACUUCCGUCCCGAAAUGGCUUUGGACCAUCUAUAUCCACGCAAUCUGCGAUCUGCGGCAUGAUUUUGACGCCCUCCUGCAGCUUCUGUACAGGCUCUCUGACUCGGGAUUUCUCUUCCCACGCCCUACUUUGCUGCACUUGCUCCACCAGGCGAGUGAACACAGCGAUUUACAUGUCACGAAAUUUAUCUGGUAUGGAUAUGUGACGGGAAUGCAUAUUAUUCCUAACGAAGACAUGUGCAUGGCCGUUCUGCGACUCGCCGCAAAGGAGAAAGACAUAAAGUUGGCCGAGUCGGUGGCCGUCGUACUGGAGAGUGUAGCGGGAAACAAGUCCACGGAUCCGCCAGACCUGGUGGAUCAAAGGCCUCUGCCACGGCACGAGGUGGUCAAGCUGACAUUCGAUUCGCCUGAGCUUCUGGGGCAUGAGUCCGAGCCUGAAUACCAAUACCAGAGGUCAAAUUCUGUUAGUAAAGACAGUGGAGGCAGCGAUACGCAAGCUGUUGAUCCAAGCGUCGCGGAAUCCACACAACACUCUUCCUCUCAAUCUCAAGCUGACCUUGCAGUCGCUUUCUCAACGCCACCUGCCCUGCCUAAUCCGUGCGAUCUACCUCCACGGCCACGUCCUCUUCCUGCCGAAGCACUGUCGCUACUGGCUGAGCUGGGAAUCACGGGCUUUGAACCCACGACAGACUUGAUCACUGGGAGCAAACGUCUCAGCUUGCACAGUGGCAAACUCACAGAACACGGCGGGAGAAACGGACGGAGGAGAAGAAGAUCAUUGAGAGGCAACAUGUACCCGUUGUUUAGGGAGGAAGCCGGGCUUUCUGGUGCUCGAUUUGACCCACGGCUUGCACUGAUGCAGGGAUGGGAUUGGAGAAAGAAAUGA